AUGGACCGCUCUAACAAGCCUUCCGCCAUUGGGGUGGGUACUUCCCUCCCACAGCCUUCUCUCUCCAUCCAGGACAACGUUAUCGAAGCUUCGUUGCCCACUGGCCAGUCAGUGAAGGUCCACCUGUACGGCGCGACUGUGACCUCAUGGAAGGCAAAUGGCAAGGAGCAGCUCUUUGUCAGUGAGAAAGCUCAUUUGGACGGCUCAAAGCCCAUCCGUGGUGGCAUUCCACUCGUCUUCCCGGUUUUCGGACCUCCACCCCAGACCCACGUUACCUCCUCUCUACCACAACAUGGCUUUGCUCGUAACUCCAACUGGGAGUUCUUGGGCAAAUCAUCUUCGGAAGCGCCCGGAAGGGAUGGCGACCGAACCGAUCUCACGGUGAAACUGGAUUUCGGGCUGUCUCACACCAUGCUGACCGAGGAGUUCCGCGAGGCAUGGCCAUAUGAGUUUGGACUUGUGUACAGUGUUACACUCACCAAAGACACAUUAGAGACUGCGCUGCAGGUGCGCAAUGAGGGCAAGCAGAACUUUGAAUUCCAGGUUCUGAUGCACACUUACUUGAACGUCGCGGAUAUCUCCGAUGUUCGUGUCAAGGGCCUCGAGUCCAAGACCUACAUCGACAAGGUUCUCCAGGCGACUUCCCACGUUGAAACGUCCUCGGCGCUGCCCAUCACCCAGGAAACCGAUCGUGUCUACCAAAACCUUGACCCAGCCGUUCCAGUUGUUGUUACCUCGGCUAAGGAUGACCAGCCUUUGUUCUCAAUCACCAGGGAGGCUUUGAAAGAUGUCGUAGUUUGGAACCCGUGGAUCGAGAAAGCCAAGGGCAUGGCUGAUUUCGGACCUGAUGAGGCUUAUAAGAACAUGAUUUGCGUGGAGGCUGGCUCCGUCUCUGGCUGGCAGACUCUUGAGGCUGGAGAGGCCUGGGAGGGUGGCCAGAGUAUCAAGUCCCGACUGUGA